AUGGCUACUCCAGCUGAUACCCCCAACGCUGAACCAAUCAAAUGUUCGAGAUGGGACCAAACUCCUCUAGUAGCGAGUGGUGGUAUUGAGCAACCUAUGGAACGAAUCAUCAUGAACGCACCUGGCGUCAUGCAGGACGACAAACACAACAGAUAUCUCACCGACGAAGAGCUCAACAUUAUCCUCCCUGCCACUGGCUAUGUCAUUGUGACUCCUCCAGCUGGUUACGCGCCCACCAUUGCUCCUCGUCGAUCGAUGGCAACUCCCAUCGGUCACCCAGGAGGAUUCCAAAUCAAGGAAGGCUCGGACGCCGCCGCCAUUGCUGCUGCUGCCGGUCUUGCCCCAGAACUUCCGACUGAAAUCCCUGGUGUUGGUGCCCUCACGUUCUUCAAAGCGGAGGACACUCAAUAUUUCGCCAAAAUUUCCAAGGAAGAAGACGAAACAGAGCUUUCGGUCGACAAAAUGAAGGAGCGCAAGAUCAUGCGUCUUCUUCUCAAAAUCAAGAACGGCACUCCCCCCGUCCGAAAGACUGCCCUUCGUCAAAUCACUGACAAGGCUCGCAAGUUUGGUGCCGGUCCGUUGUUCGAUAAAAUUCUCCCUUUACUAAUGGAACGCACACUGGAGGACCAAGAACGACAUUUGCUUGUGAAGGUUAUCGAUCGAGUCCUGUACAAGCUGGAUGAUCUUGUUCGCCCAUACGUGCACAAGAUUCUUGUCGUCAUUGAACCAUUGCUCAUUGACGAAGAUUACUACGCCCGUGUUGAAGGACGUGAAAUCAUUUUCAACCUGUCCAAAGCUGCUGGUCUCGCCCAUAUGAUAUCUACCAUGCGUCCAGAUAUCGAUCAUGCUGACAAGUACAUACACAAUACCACCGCUCGCGCUUUCUCAGUUGUAGCUUCGGCACUGGGUAUUCCGUCCCUUCUUCCUUUCCUCAAGGCCGUCUGCAACUCAAAAAAGUCACAGCAAGCUCGACACACCGGCAUUCGUAUUGUCCAGCAGAUUGCCAUCAUGAUGGGUUGUGCUGUUCUCCCUCAUCUCUGCAAUCUCGUCGAUUGUAUUGCCAAGGGGUUGUCCGAUGAACAACCGAACCAUGACUGCAUUGGGACUUGCUGCCCUCGCUGA